AUGUCCGUUAGAGAUACUCCGGAGGAGCGAGCACCGCUGCUGCGCGAUGGGGAUACGCCAGCAAGCCCAGACGGAAGCCGCGUAGGAGAGGAUAAGGCACCGGUUUUCUCCAGACUGCGUGGAGUGGUGGUAUGUACAUCAAUCGGACUGUUGAUAUUCUUGCAAGGCGCCAACAUCUCCAUCCUCACAACAACUCAGUCGGCCAUAGCAGCGGACCUAGAUUCUUUUGAGGAGGCAACAUGGUUCACCUCGUCGUACCUCAUCGCCAUGUCCGCUCUUGCUCCACUCAUGGGACGCCUCUCCCAGCUCUUCAGCCCGCGGCUGUGCAUGUUCUUCUCCACGGUGCUCAUAUGCUUUGGCUCUUUGAUUACUUCGCUUGCAAACUCGCUAAAGUGGUUCCUGGUCGGACGUUCAUUAACCGGUGCUGGUGGAGCUGGCAUCCUCAUCGUAGCAACAAUCCUUAUCAUCCAGAUGGUCAGCUCCAAGCGUCGUGGGCUGUUCAUUGGGAUGGCGAACACCGGUAUGACCGUAGGCCUUUCCCUUGGAGCAGUCAUUGCUGGUGCCGCGGAGCCCAAGAUUGGAUGGAAACCCCUCUUCGGCAUCCAAGCUCCUCUUAGCAUCCUAGCAGGUUUCGGCAUCCUUUUCGGUAUCCCGUCUGGGUACAAAGCAAACAACAGUGAUCUUGAGCACCGAUCCCUUAGUCAGAAGCUUGCCCGAAUCGACUACUCGGGAGCGCUGCUGCUCAUCGCUACCAUCAUCCUCUUCCUCCUUGGUCUGUCUGGCCCUCGAAUCCUGGCAACUCCUCUUAUCCUUUCGGCCUGCGUGUUCCCUGUCUUUGUCUUGAACGAAACAUACAUUGCCAAGGAUCCGGUCAUUCCCAUCAAAGUCCUUCGGUCUCGGGGCACGCUCCUUAUCUGCCUUGCCACUGUAGGCGUCAUGAUGGCACGUUGGGUUGUCCUGUUCUACACGCCAGUGUAUGCUAUUGCGGUCCGUGGCUGGCCGGGCGCAAUUGCUGGAACCAUCCUGAUUCCCACGAAUGCAGGCUUCGCGACCGGAGGCUUACUAGCUGGGAUCUUCCAUAUCCGCCGAGAGGGGAGCUUCUACAUCCACACUCUUGUAGCCAACAUGCUGUUCCCGGCCACUUUUAUCGUUCUGGCCUUCAUCUCCACGCCACACAGCUCCCCCGCUCUGUAUGUCCUGAUGGUAUUCUGCAAUGGGGCUCUUGCUGGUGCAGGCUUGAACUAUACGCUCGUCCAUCUGCUCCAUCUGACCCUGCCGGAGGUCCAUCCCAUUGUCCUCUCGCUGCUUGCGACGUUUCGCGGCUUUUCCGGCAGCUUCGGAUCUGCGAUCGGAGGUGGUAUCUUCGAGCGCGUCCUUCAGAAGUCCCUCACAGAGGGUUUCUCGAGGGCGGGUAUCGAGGACAGGACUGGCUUGAUUCGAAGGCUUCUGGGUAGCCCGGCGCUCGUGGGGACUCUGGAGGGACAGAGGAAGGAGAUAGCGGUAAAUGCGUAUCGCGAGGGCAUCAAAACGCUCUUCAUGUGCGGAACAGGGCUAGCUAUCGUCAUGACGAUCGUGCAAGCGGGGAGCGGUUGGAAGGCUCCGCCGAAGAGCGUCGCGGCGAGUGACGAAGAAGGCGUUGAGGGCGAGGAGGCAUUGGCGGAAGGAGCAUGA